AUGAGCCGGGGUUCCUCGGCGACUCCUGAGGGAAGGACGGCGGCGGAGCGGGAAGGGGAGGGAGAGAGGCCAGGGCCGCGCAGCCUCCUCUUCAGCCACCGUCGGGAGCCCCCGGCGCCUCUUCCGCCAACAUCUUGUCACGCCAGCGCCCGCCGCCGCCGCCGCCGCCGCUUCUCCUCUUCCUCCUUCUCCUCAGAGGCCGCGCGCAACGUAACAGCGGGGGAGGGAGGGGCGCGGAGGCUUCCACUCGAGAAGCGGCGCGCAACUUGCUGGAAGCGAGCGCGCUGUUAAGGGCAGCCGAGUUCCGACUCGGAGGAGGGGGCGGGGCCAGCGGCGAGGGGAGGGGAGGAGGUGGAGGAGCAGGAGCAGGAAGGCGGUUGGAACGGCCGUUGGAGGACGCCGGCCGGAGGGUAACUGACAGGAGCGCAGCAGCCAAUCGGAGAGGCGGCGGGGCGGGAGGCGGCGGUGGUUAAAGCGAAUUGCAUUCUGUUGGGCGGGACGAGCUGGAAGCCAAGCGACGCGACCUCUGGAGGACCGGGCGAGUGACACCAGGAUUUGCCCAACGCGAGGGGGUCAAGGGCGGGGUGUGGUGCGGCGGACGCGAUUGGGUCUACGGCAGCGGAGGCGGGACGAGCGGGCAGCCAAUGACGAGUUGCGAUCAGGACUUUUUCGUUGGUUUGUUUUGAGGUGGGAGCUCAGGGGGGCGCGAGGAGGGCAAGAAUCCCACCCGGCAGCUUUCGGGGGUUGUGAGGUUGGGUUAGUCUGCUGCUUGUGUUUUUCUUCCGGGAAAGGUCAUCGUUGUUGGCUUUUGGGUCCCUAGUGGCGGGACGGAGAGGGGGGAGUACGCAAGAAACUUCAGCAGCCCAGUCUUGUUCAUCUUUACUUGCAAGGAAACCCUGUUCAACCAGUAGAGCUUACUCUUGUGUAAGCAGUCAGUUACUAACUUUUGUCUUCUCUCUUCCCCACCGCUCCUCUGGAGAUGCAACAUUUCCAGAAAAUUUUAAAGCUGUGUGGAAUAAAACCCAUUUCCCCUUCUCCCAGCACAGCUUUUUCAUGCACACAAAACAGAAAAAUUGAGAAAUUGUGUGUGUGUGUGUGUGUGUGUUUUACAUAUUUAUAUAUAAAUAUAACCCAGCCAGAUGGGCAGGGUGUGUGUAUAUAUAUAUAUAUAUAUAUAUAGGAUCAGCGAAAGGCCUGCGAAAAGAGGGAUGUUUUUGCCUGGCACCUAAAAAUAUGUAACACAGGCGCCAGGUGAGUCUCCCUGGGGAGAGCAUUCCACAAACAUAUAUGCAAUACUUACCAAGCCCAAACGUAUGUUACUGCUUUAGCAAAAUAAACUGUAUUGUUCCAAAGCUAGGGUAGAAUAAAAUUAUCCCCUUUGGCAUAUUUAUUAAAUUUAAGACUAUAGAUGUACCAAGUAAGAUUACAAUAUUAUCCACACAGUCCACUUCCUUCUGUGGGUCUUGGUUAAAGCUCACACUCCUAUUUGCAGUUUCUGCCCCACUGCCUUUUGACCUUUUUUUAUCCCCAGUGAAACAAAGCAAGAAGCUGCUUGUUUGUUUCCCAUUCUGCAGCACUGUGUCUGUGUCCUUCAAGGGGCAAGGUGAAAAGGUUGACCACAAAGGAGGGAACAGGUCAGAAGGGCAGCAGAAACAGGAUGAUUGCUACUAG